GCUCGCCGCUGCGGAGCCGGAGGAGCCAGGACGGGGCCGCGGAGCCGGGACGGGGCCGCGCCGGGGGCAGCGCCGGAGCCGGCGGCGGGCGGGGUGAAUUGCAGACAGUGACUCCCAGAGCAUCUUGGCUGUAUGAACUCUUGAGCUGUCAAGGGACUGAGAGGCUUAUGAAGAGGUUCUGUCAGGCAAAACAGUGCUUAGCCAAGACACCAAGGAGGAGGGAAAAGGAGAAAGGGAGGGAGAGAGAGCUGAAACACUAACAAACCAUGAGAUCUAUCCGAUCUUUUGCUAAUGAUGACCGCCAUGUAAUGGUGAAACAUUCAACCAUUUAUCCAUCUCCAGAGGAACUUGAAGCUGUCCAGAACAUGGUAUCAACAGUAGAAUGUGCCCUUAAACAUGUCUCUGACUGGAUGGAUGAAAAGAACAAGUCUACAAAAUGUGAGGGUGAUGUGGAAGCAAAGGAGGAAGCUGCAGAAAGCAAUGCCAAGGAUCAAGGUGGUCGGACGCUGUGUGGUGUUAUGAGAAUUGGCUUGGUUGCAAAGGGCUUGCUGAUUAAAGAUGAUAUGGAUCUGGAGCUGGUGCUCAUGUGCAAAGAAAAACCCACAAAGACCUUGUUAUGUAUAGUUAAAGACAAUCUCCCAGCUCAAAUUCAGAAACUUACAGAAGAGAAGUAUCUCGUGGAGGAGCAUGUAAACGAGGCAGCUAUUGUUAUUCAUAACACAAAGGAGCCCAAGCUGACUUUGAAGGUGAUACUUACAUCCCCUCUCAUUCGAGAUGAAGCAGAGAAGAAGGAAGGAGUAGACAAUGUUGCGAUGAAAGAUCCUCCGGACUUAUUGGACAGGCAGAAAUGCCUGGAGGCCUUGGCGUCUCUGCGGCACGCCAAAUGGUUUCAGGCCAGGGCAAAUGGACUAAAAUCAUGUGUAAUUGUCCUACGUAUUCUGCGGGAUUUGUGCAACAGAGUCCCCACAUGGGCACCACUGAAAGGAUGGCCACUCGAGCUUAUAUGUGAAAAAUCUAUAGGUACUUGUAAUAGACCUCUGGGUGCUGGGGAAGCAUUGCGACGAGUGAUGGAGUGCUUGGCAUCUGGAAUUCUGCUUCCUGGAGGCCCUGGUCUGCAUGACCCCUGUGAACGGGAGCCAACAGAUGCUCUGUCGUAUAUGACAGUUCAACAAAAAGAAGCCAUUACGCACAGUGCACAGCAUGCCCUCAGAUUAUCAGCCUUUGGUCAGAUCUAUAAGGUUUUGGAAAUGGACCCCCUCCCAUCAAAUAAGUCCUUUCAGAAAUAUUCCUGGUCAGUAACUGACAAAGAAGCAAAUCCAUAUUACAAGGAAAUUUAUACCGUAGGUACAGGCUCCUCUGCUCUUAAGAGGCCAUUUGAAGAUAGUGUUGGGGAUGAUAAAGAUCCGAAUAAAAAGAUGAAGCGUAAUCUGAGGAAAAUACUAGAUAGUAAAGCAAUAGAUCUCAUGAAUGCUCUGAUGAGGCUGAACCAAAUCAGGCCAGGGCUUCAGUAUAAGCUGCUGUCACAGUCUGGUCCAGUCCAUGCCCCAGUCUUCACAAUGUCUGUAGAUGUUGAUGGUACAACAUACGAAGCAUCAGGACCUUCUAAGAAAACAGCCAAGCUCCAUGUGGCAGUGAAGGUUUUACAAGCCAUGGGGUAUCCAACUGGGUUUGAUGCAGACGUGGAGUGUAUGAGUUCUGAUGAAAAAUCAGAUACUGAAGGUAAAAGUGAAACCACAUCUUCAGUCUCAAGCAAUAAUACUGGAAAUUCCACAGCUGACACCUCCGCUACCCUAGAGGUAAGAACUCAGGGUCCUAUACUCACAGCAAGUGGCAAAAACCCAGUGAUGGAGCUCAACGAAAAAAGAAGAGGUCUGAAGUACGAGCUCAUCUCCGAGACAGGCGGAAGCCAUGACAAACGCUUUGUGAUGGAGGUAGAAGUAGAUGGGCAGAAGUUCAGAGGCGCAGGCCCAAAUAAGAAAGUAGCAAAAGCAAGUGCUGCAUUAGCAGCACUUGAAAAACUGUUUUCUGGGCCUAAUGCAGCAAACAACAAGAAAAAGAAGAUUAUUCCUCAGACUAAAGGAGUUGUCAAUACAGCUGUUUCUGCAGCAGUCCAGGCUGUUCGAGGCAGAGGACGAGGCGCUUUAACACGAGGAGCAUUUGUUGGAGCAGCUGCUGCUACUGGCUACAUAACACCAGGCUACGGAGCACCGUAUGGGUACAGUACAGCCGCACCAGCUUACGCCAUAUGCACUUGUAUAAAAUAAGCAGAAAUGUAGUGACUCUAAGCUGAGAUCGUGAUAUAAAGGUAAGAGAUUUUAUUUUCAGCUUAAAGAAUAUUUUUAUUGUGUUUUUCCUAAAAAUCUCCUAUACCUUGACAAUCUUGUAUAUGGCACGUGUUUAUUAUGUCUUGUUUAACUAAAUGUUUGAACAGGUAAUACCUAGGUCUGAAUGCCAACUUUGCCUUUUUCAAGGCCACUUCAAAUACUACCAUUUAGUUAGCAAAGAAAGUAUUACUUAUUACUUUUAAAAAUUUGUUUGAUUUUAUCAACAGACUGUUCUCCUUCAAGUAUUUUUCUCUUGUGUAGCAUAAAAAGCUGUAUUGAUACUGCUGUGUCAGGCCCUGCAUUCCUUGCAUACCUGUGGAAAACACUGGGUAGGUACCAAAGCCACUGCCAUGGCCUGCACUGAAUCCGCCCCCUGGUUAUAGGUAUGUGAAAUGAAAAUGAGAAGCGGCAUGUGUGAUACUAUCUAAGUAACAAGGAGAGAAAUUAAUUCCCUUAACUACUAGAGCUAACCUCCAAAUAAAGAAUGAAAGACUUUGAUGAUACUGCAGUUAAAAUCUGCAGAGAUCAAAUGACAUUAGGCCAAAUUAAUCCAUGAAGCAGCCAGGUUUGCUUUCCUCCUGUGGGCGCAGUGGGAGGAGAGGAAGGCAGGCGGGCAGUGAUUGCACUCGGCAUGAAUCAUUUGCUGAGCUGUGGUUCUAAAGCU